GGAGGCUGAGCGCACCUAAGUGUUCGCGGAAGUAACGCAUUGUGUUACUGUGGAAUUUUAGCGACUCGAUUACAUGUGGAUAAAAGUUUCUGUUUUUCGGACAGCUGAAAUGUCUGAUGCAACGUCUUCAUUCAGUCUCCGGUUGAUUUUACUGUUGGCCGUUUUCACUCCAACUUCCUUCGGUGGCCAGGAAAUCAUCACAGCUGAGACUGAACAGGAUGUUACUCUGCCAUGUCAAGCUCCAGACAACAUCAUAGGUAUAGAGUGGAGCAGACCUGAUCUAAAUGAGGAAUAUGUUCUUUUGUAUCGGGAUGGGCGGUCCGAUCCAAAACACCAGCAUCCAUCUUUUGUGAGCCGGGUGUAUCUAAAGGACGGAGAUGCGUCUUUGAUUCUGAAGAAUGUUACGACUGCUGAUACUGGCAAAUACGAAUGUCGUGUGAGGACAGGAACAAGCCGCAGGAAGAGAGCGUAUCUGGAAAUUGAUCCUGUCAGUAUAAUCUACCUGAGAGUUGUUGUUCCUCCAGGUCAGCCAGUACAAGAGGAAGAUGAAUCAAAAGAGGCUGGACAAGAGAAGACUAAACUGAUAGUUGGUCUGUCAAUUUCUGCUAUGCUACUUAUUUUUGUUGUUGGUAUUCUGAUCUACAGAAACCGUAAAAAUCAGCAGCGGAUGGAUUUAUACAGUCAUCCAGCUGAACACCAACUGAUCAGUCAACAGCUAAACUGUAAGUCUCUUCUUUCUGGGAGAGAAACAGAUGAAGAGCUGCAGGUUUUUCAGUCUUGACCGCUGUUUGCAAGUAAGUUGAAUAGUGCAAACAUACAAAGAAAACAUGCUAACCAUUUAGUGCAGAAAUUUGAAUUAGUGUUUGUCUUAUUGUUUUUUGUUUUAUUUUUGGUUCUUUUUUUAACUCUUAUCAGAGAAAUUUUCUUAUUUCUCAAAAUGCAUGCUACAACCAUUUGGCUAGCUCGUGUGCAAUUAGCUCAGAUGUGUUUGGCAUGUUGGAUUCGAGGCACUGAGGUUAUAAUGGCGAAUGGCACCGUAAACAUAAUACACAGUAAAAACAAGUGUAAAUGUAGUACACUACACCAUACACCUGAUACAGUGUAAACAUAGUGCAUUUAUGUAAGCAUCUAAGCUAAACUUGAAACACAAGUGUAAAAUGCACUAAACUACACUUGAAACACAAGUGUAAAAUGCACUAGGUUACACUUGAAACACAAGUGUAAAAUGCACUAGGUUACACUUGAAACACAAGUGUAAAAUGCACUAAACUACACUUGAAACACAAGUGUAAAAUGCACUAGGUUACACUUGAAACACAAGUGUAAAAUGCACUAGGUUACACUUGAAACACAAGUGUAAAAUGCACUAGGUUACACUUGAAACACAAGUGUAAAAUGCACUAGGUUACACUUGAAACACAAGUGUAAAAUGCACUAGGUUACACUUGAAACACAAGUGUAAAAUGCACUAGGCUACACUUGAAACACAAGUGUAAAAUGCACUAGGUUACACUUGAAACACAAGUGUAAAAUGGACCAAGCUACAGUUGAAACACAAGUGUAAAUGAACUCAGCCACUCUUGAAACGCAAGUGAAAAAUGCACUAGGCUACACUUGAAACACAAGCGUAAAAUGCACUAGGCUACACUUGAAACACAAGCGUAAAAUGCACUAGGUUACACUUGAAACACAAGUGUAAAAUGCACUAGGUUACACUUGAAACACAAGUGUAAAAUGGACCAAGCUACAGUUGAAACACAAGUGUAAAUGAACUCAGCCACUCUUGAAACGCAAGUGAAAAAUGCACUAGGCUACACUUGAAACACAAGCGUAAAAUGCACUAGGCUACACUUGAAACACAAGUGUAAAAUGCACUAGGUUACACUUGAAACACAAGUGUAAAAUGGACCAAGCUACAGUUGAAACACAAGUGUAAAUGAACUCAGCCACUCUUGAAACGCAAGUGAAAAAUGCACUAGGCUACACUUGAAACACAAGUGUAAAAUGCACUAGGCUACACUUGAAACACAAGUGUAAAAUGCACUAGGUUACACUUGAAACACAAGCGUAAAAUGCACUAGGCUACACUUGAAACACAAGCGUAAAAUGCACUAGGUUACACUUGAAACACAAGCGUAAAAUGCACUAGGCUACACUUGAAACACAAGUGUAAAAUGCACUAGGCUACACUUGAAACACAAGUGUAAAAUGCACUU